AUGGACAUGCUUAACAACCUCACCAACGGCAAGGGCAACGAAAUCAUCAACAAGGUUGCUGACAAGGUCGGCAUGGGCAACAACCAUGGCAACAACAACCUCGGCGGCUCUGACAACUACGGCUCGAGCAACCAGGGCGGCUUCGGCAGCUCUGACAACUACGGUUCGGGCAAACAGGGCGGCUUUGGCGGUGAGUCCAACCGCAUGGGUGGCCAGGGCGGCUUUGGUGGCUCGGACAGCUACGGUUCGGGCAACCAGGGUGGCUUCGGCGGCUCCGACCGCUUGGGCGGUCAGGGCGGCUUUGGUGGCUCGGACAGCUACGGCUCAGGCAACCAGGGUGGCUUCGGCGGCUCCGACCGCUUGGGUGGCCAGGGUGGCUUUGGUGGCUCGGACAGCUACGGUUCGAGCAACCAGGGCGGCUUUGGCGGUGAGUCCAACCGCAUGGGUGGCCAGGGCGGCUUUGGUGGCUCGGACAGCUACGGCUCGGGCAACCAGGGUGGCUUCGGCGGCUCCGACCGCUUGGGCGGUCAGGGCGGCUUUGGUGGCUCGGACAGCUACGGCUCGGGCAACCAGGGCGGCUUUGGUGGCUCGGACAGCUACGGUUCGGGCAACCAGGGUGGCUUCGGUGGCUCCGACCGUAUGGGCAGUCAGGGUGGCUUCGGCGGCUCGGACAACUUUGGCUCCAACCAGGGUGGCUUUGGUGGCUCCGACCGCUUGGGUGGCCAGGGCGGCUACGGCGGCAACCAGGGCGGCUACGGCGGCAACCAGGGUGGCUACGGCGGCAACUACUAA